CUUGUUUAGCUAAGUAUUGCAGUAUCCCGCGAACUAAUGCACCAUCAGCGAGAUUGAAAUAGCGAAAUGUUUGAAAAGCUUCAUCUACGCACAUUAAGUAUCAAUAAAUGAAAUCUGGCAGAUCUUAAUAGUUUGGCAGCUUGUUGGCCAAUAUCUCCCAUCGGCCCGCUCGGGAACGAUGGAACCCCGUCAUUUUCUUGAGGCUGAGGUUUGCUGUGACACACGUGCCAACUGCUCAAUACAAAACUACACGAACUUUUGUACCUUUCUCACUAGCUUUAAAACUUAACAUUACAACCAUGGUCACUCCUAAUCCAACAUUAGCAGUAGUUACAGGUGGUUCUCGAGGUAUAGGUUUAAGUAUAGCGAAGCGGUUGGCAGCAAAGCAUGAUAUUAUGAUCGUGUGUCGCAAUGCGCCAAGUGAAGACAGCGUAGCCGAACUCAGUAAAGUACGAACGGACGCAGUAAUUUACUAUGAAAUUGGGCUGGAUUGUGCAGAAACGCAAAAUGCUUUGAAUGAGAUUUUCAACAAUAUAGACUCCAAAUUUCCCGAUCACAAAUUGUCAGUAUUCGUUCACAAUGCAGGCUUGUACCUUCCUGGUCAGCAAGUAGCUCAAAAGUUAGGCAUCGAUAGUGUUGAGGGGUCCGAGGCAGCACUGUACUACCAAAAUUUGUAUGGCAUGUUUUUCGCUCAAGCUAUCGAGCGAUGUGCAAAGCGCAUGGAUAACACUGGAAGAAUAGUUGGAAUAUCGAGUCCUGGCUGUAAUGCCAAUAGUCCUCCACGUACUGGCUACUUAUUGCCGGGCUCUGGAAAGGCACUUAUGGAAUACUACAUGCGACAAUAUGCAAGGUUGCUAGCUCCAAAAGGCAUUACUGUGAAUGUGGUUAUACCUGGUCAUGUAUUGACAACCGCAUGGGGCCCGGGCUUCACAGGCGGUGGUGGACAAAAUAGUUUGAUCGAUUGGAUCAAAGAGAGAUCACCUAUGAAUCGGCCCAUUGACGUUGAGGAAGUGGCUAAUACAGUGGCAUAUCUUACUUCUGUGGAAGCCGGAGCUGUAACUGGACAAGCCAUGGCAUGCGACGGAGGACUCUCCAGCUUCACCUAAUUAUACCGCUGUUGACAAACACAGGAAUACUUGUAUUUAUUGCAAAAGUUCUUAUUAUAAACAUUUUACAGAAUAUUCUCAAAAGAUGGGCUUAAUUGCACAUACAAUAUGAAAGUCUCCAGAUGUAUUAUGUUCA